AUGCCUUCCCUCCGCAACACGCUCAUCGGCCUCGUCGCCAUCCCUCUCCUCUCGUCUGGCGCCUCGGCCGGACAGACUUUGCAGGUGGUCUGGUCCUCGGGCCACUUCGAGACCAUUGCUGGGACCGCCUCCGGCAACGAGAUCGGCCACUCGAGCGGGUUCGCCAUCACCGACGACAAGGGCAUCGAGCUCUACAGCGCGGGCGACCCUGGUGACCACUCGCCGUGCUACAAUGUCGAAAAUGGCCGCACCUUCCAAAUCUCUAGCUCCUGCUGGAACAAGCCACGCUGGUUCCACUGCCUGGCGGAUUUUGGCGGUAACCCCAACAUCUGCGAGGUGCAGCGGGACGGGGACUACAAAGUGCUCGCCUCGGGCAAGAGCAACGUCAAGGACAAGUUUAUCGGGAUUGCUGUUUCCCAGUCUGGCUACUGCGGCGCCUCUUUCGAGCUUGAUGAUAACGAGAAGUGCGAUAAGAGUGCCACCUUCAAGUUUGUUAAGGGUUAG